UCCGGAUUCAGUCACGUUUAAUCUUCAUCCUCUUCUUCCUCUCCCUCCUCUCUCUCCUCAUUUCUCCAGCAGCCUCCUCGCGGACUCGCCACCUGCCCGGGACCAGCAGCACAAAUACCGGAUUAAAGCCACAACAAGACUUCCAUCAUGUCGUCGGUCCUCCAGAAGUUGAUCAGUCCUGUGCCUGGUAGCUCCACUGAGCCCCCCAGGAACAAAGUGACCGUGGUCGGAGUGGGCCAAGUAGGCAUGGCUUGUGCAAUCAGCAUCCUCCUGCGGGAUCUGUGUGACGAGCUGGCUCUGGUGGACGUGAUGGAGGAUCGUUUGAAAGGAGAACUGAUGGACCUGCAGCAUGGCAGUCUUUUCCUUAAGACCUCCAAGAUUGUUGCAGACAAAGACUACGCGGUGACGGCCAACUCCCGCUUGGUCGUGGUGACAGCCGGCGUCCGUCAACAGGAGGGCGAGAGCCGCCUCAACCUGGUACAGAGGAACGUCAAUGUCUUCAAGUCCAUCAUCCCUCAGAUCGUCAAGUACAGCCCACAGUGCACGCUCAUCGUGGUCUCCAACCCUGUGGACGUACUGACCUACGUCACGUGGAAGCUGAGCGGCCUCCCCAAACACCGCGUUAUCGGCAGCGGCACCAACCUGGACUCGGCCCGCUUUCGCUUCAUGAUGGCCGAGCGCCUCGGUAUCCACGCUAGCUCCUUCAACGGAUGGGUCCUGGGCGAGCACGGGGACACCAGUGUGCCUGUGUGGAGUGGUGCAAACGUCGCUGGCGUCAACUUGCAAAAACUCAACCCUGAGAUUGGUACUAAUGCUGAUAAGGAACAGUGGAAUGCCACACAUAAGGCUGUGGUUGACAGUGCCUACGAGGUGAUAAAGCUGAAGGGUUACACCAACUGGGCCAUCGGCUUGAGCGUGGCCGACCUGACGGAGAGCAUCGUCAGGAACAUGAGCCGCGUCCACCCGGUUUCCACCAUGGUCAAGGGCAUGCAUGGCAUCGGGGAGGAGGUCUUCCUGUCCCUGCCCUGCAUUCUGAACAGCAGUGGCGUGAGCAGCGUCAUUAACGUGACCCUCACUGAGGCCGAGGUGUCACAGCUGAAAAGGAGCGCCGACACUCUGUGGGGCAUCCAGAGGGACCUCAAGGACGUGUGAACUUCGGUAGACCACCGUGAUCCGGACCCAAUUUGCACAAUCUGAUCAUUUUACGUCAUUCCUCUGUGUACAACUGCGAUAAUUCUGUAAAAGCACAACACCAGUGUUGUUUUAAUCAUGACAAGAUUCAAGUAUUAAGCACAUUUUCUCCCAAGCGACUAGUAAAUUGAAGAAAUAAUGUAGUGUUUUUGCUGUUUACUCCAGAUUCAAGCACAACCAAAACAACUGAUUUAAUGUGUGUAUUUAAUAAAGUUCCUGCAUUUAUUGUGAAACAAAUAGAGAAGCUGAUCUAUCCAGAAGGAACCCAAACAGUUUUCCUCAUGUUGUUUUUGUGUCUUAUGAAGCAGCAUUUCCAGAGCACAUGUAGGUUAGUACAGAAGAAGUUGAAAGUGCACAAGUUGUAAUUGUCUGAGUCUGUGAUGGAAGCAGUUAAUAAAUGAAUUCAAACACCUGACAAAGCACUCUUC